CAAAGAGAGAGUUCUUAAUCCUUCCCCCAUCUCUCCCUUUUCAAUGUCAAAAGAGAAAGUGGCUGUGCACCUUCAAACCUGCUUUGCUUUCCUAUCUUUCCACCAGUCUCUUUUCCUACCAGCACUCCCAAGAGUAGCCAACUGCCAUAGAAACCUGUUUUAGGUAGGUUGGAAAAAAGCAGAGUAACAAGGCUCCAGGGGCCACGAAGCUCCACAGGCCCUGAGUUUUACAGUGUAAGAAACUGGAGAAGGUCAUACAGCACAGCAGAGAGAAAGAUCCUACACAGGCAGUGGACGUGGGUAGCGUCUCAGCCUACCUGAUCCCAGGCCUUUGCUGCAAUACACAUUAUCACCAACAAAGCUGGGUCAUGUCUGCCCAGGUAGGAGUUUUUCAUAUGAAUAAAAGGUGCUGAAGAAGAAGAGUCUUGGAAAUGCUAAGCGCCCACGAAAACUGUUCCUGUGCUCACUCAGGGCCCUGUCCAUGCCUGGUCGGCAAUACCAGGCACUGCCUAGUGCUUUCUUUGGUGACUAUGAUGCCAGCAACCGCUACUCCAGCAUGAGGACAACCAAGAUCCCUCAUUCAUCGGGCUCCCCAGAACAGGAAGGAUUCUUCAACCUGCUGAGCCAUGUGCAGGGAGGGCGGAUGGAUGAGCAACGCUGCAACAUUCAGAUCGUGCACAGCAAGGGUGGCACAGACACAGAGAAGAAGGACAGCCCCAGCCCACCACCAGAGAUGGACAACUUCAUGGAAAUGUUGGCACACACACAGAGCCGACGGAUGGAUGAUCAACGCGUCAGCUUCAACUACCUCCCAGGCUUCCAGAACGCUGACCGUAAUGCCAGCAACAAACCAGCCUCUGGCGCCACCAAGCAGGAGAACAAGGAUUUGGCCUUACCAGAAGCUGCUGCUUUAGAUGGAUCACCUGUCCCCAUUACACCCACAGAUGACUACUUUUCUUUCAUCAACCGCAUCCAUACCAAGCAGCUGGAAGCUGUCACUGGCAAAGUAAAACAUCCAUCCCCUAAACCUCCCAAUGCCAAGGAUCCUAGCACCUCCUCAUAGACCUAGAUCUUGCAGGACCUCCUCUCCUAAAACUAACAUCGAAAUCUAGAAUGUCUCACUUUAACCUCCCAUUUCCUCGACCCCAGGCUUAUGGGCCUAACCUAUAAACACCUUUGAUAACCAACUUUUCCCUAUCGUCUCAAUAGAUAUACUCAAUUCCUUAGAAUUCCCUCUUCCUGGCUUCAUCAAAACCUAUCAUGGCAUCACCUCCCUUCAAGACCUACCACCCUAACACACAUCUCAUUUCUUAAAUCCAUCAAGUAAUGGCACUGCUCCCCCAUGGGAUACAUGAACAUCAAACUUCAAGACCCAGUAUCCCAAUAUAUGUUCCACCACCACGAACCUGUGUUUCUGCUCCUCUUGAGGGCUUGUAAUGAUAUUCCCUCAGCCUUGGCAAGCUCUGCCUCAUUGUACAAUUGCAAUAAAAGAAGCUUUCUUAGGAGUGGGUGUAUGAUGGGCAAUUAUUUAUGGGACAGAGACCUGUCUUGCAAGAGCAAAGCACCAUGGAUGCAUUUUCUAAGGUGUGGGUUUUGAGAACAGUAGAGUCGAGCCUUCAAUACAUUUGGACUAUAUACAAACAGAGCAAGCACUGGGUAACUGGGCAGAAGAACUACUAGAAUUAUAACAUUUUCAGCUAAAAAAACAAGUAGUUUUCAGUUGAAAAUGUAGCUUUCAGAAGUCACUUAAGGCCACUGCACAUGGUCCCUUCCAGCCGACCCGCAGUUUGCCUCCACCCCCACCUAAUUACAAUCCCCACCUGAGAACCGGCAAUGGGGCCAGGACUGGCUGCACAGGCUUCCUCCAACCCUGGAAGGGCAGACUGCACCAGCUAAUAGAAUGGCAGCCCACAGGAACAGCUUCCUCUCUUAACUCUGGUUGGGAGUUCAUUCCCAAUCUGGAUGUCACGUUACAGGGAACAGACCCUCGGUUGGGUGAGUGAAACUCACUACAAACCAAGCCUUCCUAGGUUUGCGGCCAAAAUCAGAACCACAAUUGGGUCUGGGAGCCACAGUUCCGAUAAUUCAGACAACACAGGCAGUGAACCUGAGGUGAGUUCGCAUCCAGUUUGGCAUUAUGUCCAAAGGGGGCCAAAGGGUAAACACGGCAAGCUGCAGGGAUAGCAGAAGGAGGCAGAUGGAGCUUUGAGUGUCGGUCCAGCUAUUAAUCACUAAAACAACCUUGCUUGGAUGCAAAUCUGGAACUGUUUUACCAACAGGGGAAUAAUGGGUUCGAAAAAAUGGCCACGUACCUCGCCAGAACAGAUGAAGGCAGAAAAACAACUAAGAUUGGACCAAUUUUUAAUGGGCAGGGACCUUGAAAGUAUCAUGGUUACUUUCCCUGUUAGCAACAGAUAUUCUUCUUUGGAUCAAGAUCUUGCUAAAUUGGAUGGAGAAUUAAGACAAACAACAGCUACAGCAGCAGCCCCUCCCUUAACAAUGGAGAUUCCCCAGGAGCUUCUCAAAAAGGAGGUACUUUAGAGAUCCUUAUACAUCAGAUUUUCCUCAUUACAGAAACUCUCUUAAAUCUCUAUGAAAAAAUACAUCAAUUGGAUUUGAUGAUAGGACUGAAAACAGCAAUGGAUUCUUUAAUUGAGGACUUACAUACCCACCAGGCUCAGGCUGUAAGGAGAACAUCCCAGAAGCAGUGACAAAAGCUUGCACUCUAUCUUACUCUUCAAAACGCUCGCUAGCUGGAAACAACGCCAAAACCCCUAGAAAUUUUUGUAGCCUUCAGAGUAACAAAGUUGCUCCAUAUAUUGGUCAUUCUAGGGUUAAUUAUAAUCAUGGGCACAGCAAAUCCAGCUCAAGUCAAUCUCAAUCUCUCUUCUGGCUCCCUAAUGCUAAUUUUUAUAGAUUAGUCAUCACAUUUCAUCAGAACAAAGCUCCAUCUAAACUUUUCCGUUAAUGCAUUUUUUUAGCAACUUAUAACAUUUUUAUCUCCAGAGUCUUUCAGGAUCAACUUUGCUCCCCUCUAUGUGGUGAAAGGGUUAAGAGUCUUCCUAGAUCUGGAAGGGCUGCAAACUCUGUCCUUGAAAAGAUAAGACUGAAACCAACAAUGUCUGGGCAUUCAGCCAUUAAUAGCAAGCCUUGCCAAAAUGAAAGCACUGAUGCCAUGGCAACCAGUACAAACUCUUUCACUGCACAAAGUGAAGCACAGCCUAUAUCAGUACAGAACUUAGGGAAUCUACCUGAGAUUCUUCAGAUUUUUAGAGAAUUUCAAAGUUCUUGGGCAUCAGUGCAAGAUGUUGCUAACCUGGUACCAGCACUGGCACAACAAAAUGAAGACAUGAUUACCAGUUUGGCAGAUAUGGCUAACCACCCACCCCCGAAGGAUCUGACAGUGAUUAAUGUAAUACCUGCCACUCCUGAUUCGACAUCACUCUCUGACCCUACGAUGUGUAUGGAAAUUCCUCCAUUGGAUGACCCGACAGUGAUUAAUCUGGCAUCCUCUCCUCUUGACUCCUUGCCACUUUUUGAGUCUACUAUGUGUGAAGACUUUAAUUGGGUGCUCUUCAACUAAAGAUACUCAGCCAACAAACCAACAUCUGUCCCCUACUAACUCGAAAUCAGCUCAAGGUUGUAUGACUCUUGCCUUCCAACCUCUUCAUAAUAUACAACCCAUAGAUGGACUACAGCAGAAAUCUUCUUUGUCUGAGUCAGAUCCAGUAAUCACCCUCCAGAAACUACUGAACCCAUUGAGAUCACACAAUGGAUGUGCAUCAGCUUCCCAGCAUAAUGCCAAUGAAUCAGUCCUUCAGCCUUUGACAUCUGAGAACAUAUCCAAGAGGAUCCUUGUGGAGCUCCCCUUGGCAAUGUAAUUUCAUCAAACUAAUUGCUCAAUGUCUGCCAAGAUUACGAAGUGGAGACCCAUGCCUUAUAUAGUGCAUCCUCUGGUCACAUACUUGAAGACUCUAUUCACUUGAAGUCUGUGGCUCAAGAGAUCCCAGAAGUCAUCCUGCAGGAACACUCCCUUCAAUGUGACCGCUUGCAGCCCCAUGCCCAGAAGUUAGGCCUCUUGGAUGCGAGUAUGGCCACUCCUGUAUGUAAUCUGGCAGCUCAAUGGGAAACUCAAGAGUAUUUUGAGAAACAGGAUAAUUUGUCUCGAAUGGCCUCUGUACAGGACCUUCGAGAAACCUCCAUCUUCUGAUGGGCCACCUUCAAGUCAUCAUGCUAUAAGCAAGCUCUUCCCUGCAACUGAACUAGCUGAAUCUAAUAAAGCACGUACAGUUUCAUCUGA